UUCAGCUUCCCGGAUUUUUUUCCUCGAGUGUGAAUGAAGCGAGUGUGGCAGAGCGAGCAAACAUGAUGUCUUCAAUGCUGGUCAGGCGCCAGCUCCUCCAGGGCAGGGCGUUGCGCCGCUGGGCCCUACAAUCUCGUUACAGAUUUCAUUCCGGUUCGAACGCAAAGGUGAGAGAGCCCCCAUUGAAGGGAUGGAACAGCAGCAAAGCCAGCAAUAAGGUACUCGCCUAUGGUGCUGGUGGUACUGUGCUGGCUGCAUCGUUUGCGCUCCUUUUCACAGGCCGGAAGGGUUCAGAUAUCGAGGACGAUGCACGCGAUAGACGCGCCCUUUCAGGUGUUCCACUGACAAAGUUAAUCUCAGGAUGGGUCGCAUUCGCAUUCUGCUCCUCCCCGACAUGGGUAGACAUGAGCGAGUCUCUAUACAGCGGUAUCUCCAAAAUCCCAAUACUUUCCUCCAUCGCGCACGCCUUCAUCAUGCGCACGUUCUUCAACCAGUUCCUAGGGGGCGAGACCACUCCGGAGUGUAUCCCGAAGAUAGAGGCCCUGCGCCAGGAGGAGAUCGGCACGUUGCUCGGGUAUAAUAUCGAGGCUGAACUGGAUGGUUCGAGUAAAGAUACCCAGCUUAUUCGUGACCAGACAGAGCAUGUCCUAUCCUCCAUUGAAACUCAAGGGCAGCUGGCCCGGAAGUUCUGGCCGGAGAGUAAAACGGCUGGUACUGGGGGCGACAAUCGCUGCUGGGUGCGUAUCAAGGUUACGGGUCUUCUUCCGAACCCCGUUGCGCUUUAUCACGGCUCUAAUGCUAUCCUCGACGCAAGAGAGAAGCGGGGCUUGGAUAGUGAUGUGCCAUAUCCUGGAUUGCCUCAUGAUGGAGACUGGGAAGCAGCGUUGACUGGGGUCCAUGAUAAAGAUCGCGAGGAGCUCAACCACCUCCGCGAAAUCUUGGAGAAGAUCGCCACCAAGGCACGCCAGAAUAACGUGCGGAUUGUCAUCGAUGCCGAACAGUCAUGGUAUCAGCCGGUGAUUGAUAGUCUUACGGACGAGCUGAUGCAAAAAUACAAUUCCUUGGACGGGCCGGCAACUUGUAUUGCGUCGUUCCAGGCUUACCUUCGUCGCUAUCCGCAACUCCUUGAUCAGCAGAUUAAGCGGGCUGACGAGAAAGGAUACAAGCUGCUCUUCAAGCAGGUCCGGGGAGCGUAUAUGAUCACCGAAGCUGCGAGGUGGAAGAGAGAGGGCAGGACGGGGCCAGGACCGGUAUGGUCUACUAUCGAGGAGACCCACGCCAGCUAUAACUAUGGGAUUCAGAGGGCUAUUUCUGCCAUAGCGGAGCAGGUGAAAAGGGAUGGGAAGUCAAGGAUCAGCAUGGUACUGGCCACGCAUAACGCCCCGAGUACGGAGCUGGCGAUUAGGAUGCUCGAACAGCAUGGUCUGGCAAGGCAUGCGGGCGAUGGGGAAAGGCUUGUUCUGUCAAGUGAAGCCGCUGGGAGUCUGGCAUUCGCUCAGUUAUAUGGGAUGAAGGACGACCUGACCAACCGAGUCACUGGGACUGUGACUGCAGAAGGGGGAUUUCCACUGGUAGUCAAGUCCAUGAGCUACGGUGAGCUAAAGGAAUGUCUGCCCUUCCUUGCACGGCGUGCCACCGAGAACAAGGCUGUUCUGGAAGGACGAGGAGGUGCUGCGGCAGAGAGAGUGCGACUGGGACGAGAGAUUCGACGGCGCCUAAUUCCGUUUAGCUCUUAGUUUAGACAAUAUUGACUCCGUUCCUGUACCAUCUCCACUUGCUGACUCGGCCCGGGCGUGAUAUCGCAGUAGUAGACCGGAUAUGCCUCCAUGUCGGACCGAGACAGUGUGGCUUAGAGAGCCAGGGAUAAGUAGCAAGCUCUCAUCCAGC